UUUAAGUCUUGCUGAAAACUGCUUCGCAGCAGAUCUUAGUUGCUUGAAAAAACGCUACUUCAUGCAAGCGCAGAUUGAAAAAGAAAAGGUAAAGUGUACCUGUCCAGUAGAGCAGUCAACCAAUUGAGAAAACACCGUUACAGCUUUAACUGUUGCGGUUAUCGCUAUUUCUGUUUUGCUUUCGGCAGCGAUUUUAGUUCUUGUCAUCCUUUGUCUGAAGAUUCAUAAACAAAAUUCCUUUCCACCAUUUGAAGAUAGGGAUGAAGAAGUUAAGACAGAUAAACAAAGAGAAGAAUUUAUUCCAUUAGUUGGUUCUUCCAAUGGAGAUAUGCAGCCAGAUCUUCGUAGUGAAGAUUUGACCGAUAGAAGUACAUCAAAAGAUACCAAGCGUCAAAUCGAUAUUAAGACUCAUAUGUCAGUGGACAAUGACAAAGGGAUUUUCGUCGAUUUCACAGUUGAAGAUUCCGAAUUAUUUGCCCUCUUAAAAAGACAAUGUGAAAAUGGAGUAUAUAUAGGGUUUCAUUAUUUAAAUGACACAAGAGUUAUUAAAAGAGGAAAACAUAAAAUUUUAUGUCAAAGAGAUGAAAUUGGGUGUACUUUAUUGCAUUAUGCUGCCAAAGGGUCUAUUGCAAUUCUCGAAGAAAUAAUACGAACCAGUAAUGAAGUACAACUUGACAUUAGAUGUUUUCAAGGACAGACAGUUCUGGACUACGCAAUUAAAUAUCAACAGAAAGACAUGAGUGAAUUCUUGAUAAGUAAACACAAGGAACUUUUACUGGAUAAUUCCACUUCUACAUCUCAAGGAAUCAACCCAUUCCAUUGGGUUGCAUGGCAUGGUGAUUUAAGUAUGUUUUCUGUCUUAACACAGACUGAUAUUGAUCUAAAAACGAAAACUAAAAACGGCUUAAAUUUGUUAGAUAUUGCAAUCAUGAGAAACAAAUACGAAUUUUGUGAAAGCAUGAUAGAGAAUGAAAAUAUGCUACAAAAUGAUAAACAAGAUGAAUGUGGUUGGAAUGUUGCUCAUUAUGCAGCAUUUUCAAAUAAUGUAAAAGUUUUACAGCUUUUAAAAUCGAAAAAUGAUAGCUUAAUUAUGGCUAAAACAAAAACAAUGAAAACAACUCUACACAUCGCAUGUGAGUAUGGGAAUUUUGAAGCUGCUUCAUUUAUUACUGAACAUUUUGAAGAUCUCCUAAAUUGCACGGAUAACCUUAAAUGGAAUGCGCUUCAUUAUGCGAGCAAGGGUGGAAACACACAAAUUUUUCAUUUAUUGUUGGAAAAGGGUAUGGACAUUGCCUCUCUGACAGAAGAAGAGAAAACUGUACUGCACAUAGCAUGCACUAGUAAACAAGUAAAAAUCUGCAAGCAAGUUGCCCACAUAUUUUAUGAUGAUCCUGAGAACCAAUGGCUAAUAAAUAAGGAGACAACAAACAAUAAGUGGAUGGCUGCACACUAUAUUGGGGUUGAGAAGAAAGGUGAUGGAAGUGAGGAGGAAAUAGUUGAUAUUCUUUUGAAUUGCAAAGCAAAACUGUAUAAGAGGACCAAACAAGGAUGGUCCGUCCUUGAUAUUGCAGUCGAUCAUUUAAAUGUACGUCUCGUAAAGCAUCUUUUGUCUAGUAUACAUUAUAGAACCAAAUUUGGUAUUUCAAAGGAAUCGCUUGCUGACAACAUAAACAAAACAAAGGAUAAAUGCAUCUCAAAAAUUCUUAGCAAUACUUUGGAUGAAAUGACAAACCAAUAAUACAUUAUUACAUGAAGUAAGAAACAUUUAAUGCUUUUCAAG